UACUCAGCAAAUGCGGUUUGUAUUUAUAAUAAUAAUAUUAGGAGAACGGGAACAUGUAUUUUUGAUUUGAUGUAUUCAAUGUAGUUGUACAUUUGUAGUAGUUAUAAAACUGUGCAGCAAUUCAUUGUACAUAUUGAAGUUUAUAUUCAAGCCUUGGAUUAUAACAUAUUGGGAAAUAAUAUGAAGUUUGGAGCAAAUUUACAAGCUCACCUUACACCAGAGUGGAGAAGCCAAUACAUUGAUUAUGAAGUUCUUAAAAAUAUGCUUUAUGAAUGUAAAGAUGAUGCUCCUAACUCAGAGCUUGGAACAUCUGAAGAAACAGAUCGGCACAUUGCGUUAUUUGAGGAGCAGUUCUUUGCUGAAUGUGACGUUCAGUUAACAAAAGUUAACACAUUUUUUGCCGAACAACAAGCAGAAGCAACUCGGAAGUUUGCGUUACUGCAAAGUGAAUUACAAGCACACAAAAAUUCACUUUUAACAAACCCAAACAGCGUUUCUAAACUUCGCCGGCGCCUUCCACGUGGACGUCUAUUCAUGCGCGACAAAGAAAAAGUUCGUAUUAAAACAAUAAUUGAUCUCAAAUUGGCGUUUUCCGAAUAUUAUCUCAGUCUUAUUUUGCUGCAAAAUUAUCAGGAGCUCAAUUUCACAGGAUUUCGAAAGAUUUUAAAAAAGCAUGACAAAGUGUUGGAUACUGAUAAAGGAGUUGCUUGGAGGAAAAAUUAUGUUGAAACUGCUCCAUUUCACAAUGAUAAUGUUAUUUCUGAAUAUAUUUUAAAAACAGAGAAUCUUUAUAUAAAUGAGCUUGAAAAUGGAGACCGUUCAAAAGCAAUGAAACGGUUACGAGUACCUCCGCUUACAGAUACGACAACAUAUCCAAAAGGAACUGUUUUUCGUGUUGGAUUAUUCCUUGGUAUGUUUUUAGUCAUGAUGGCAGUUGUAGGUGUUGCUGCCGCCUUCUUACCUGUCACUCUUAAUCCUCAGUUGAUCGUUACAUUAUACAGGGCUGGUUUUAUAACUUUUCUUUUCAUUACCUGCCUUGGUUUCAAUGUAUGGGGUUGGAGAACUGCUGGUGUUAAUCAUGUUCUCAUAUUUGAGAUAGACCCACGUCAUCAUUUGUCUCAUCAACAUUUUUUUGAGAUUUCUGCCAUUUUUGCCAUUAUCUGGAGCUUAAGUUUGAUUUCAUAUUUAUUUGGAAGUCUGUCUACGUUGCGUUCUAUUGUCCCUGUGUUUCUUAACCCAGCAUUGGUGUAUAUUGCAUACCUUGUAUUCCUGUUUAAUCCGCUGCCCAUUUUGUUCCAUAAAGCAAGGUUCUGGCUCCUAAAACGAUUGUGGCGCUUGUUUGCGUGUGGAUUUUACCCGGUGCAGUUUGCUGACUUUUGGUUGGCUGACCAGUUAAACAGUCUUGCAGUGCUACUUAUGGAUGCUGAAUUCAUAUGUUGUUUCUAUGCUUAUGAUGCAGAUGUUUGGAUAGGACCAUUCAACACUCCAUAUCCUGCCAAAGGUAAUGGUGUAUGUGGUUCAUAUUCUUAUGGACUGAGAGCGAUAUUACAAUGCUAUCCAGCAUUUAUUCGUUUUGUGCAAUGUCUCCGGCGUUUCUACGACUCACAAAAGUGGUUUCCCCAUCUCGUAAAUGCUGGAAAAUAUUCAACCACAUUUUUUAGGGUGACUUUUCAAGCCCUAUUUGUUUUACAUAGAGAUGUUACGGGCGAAUUACAAAGUGUUUAUUUCUUCUUAUGGCUGGCUAGCUUAUUUAUUGGUAGUUGUUACACGUUUGGUUGGGAUAUCAAAAUGGAUUGGGGAUUUUUAGAUCGAAAUGCUGGCGAAAACAAGUUCUUAAGGGAAGAGAUGGUGUAUCCUUAUAAGGUGGUGUAUUACUUCGCAAUAGUUGAGGAUAUGAUUAUUAGAUUUUCGUGGAUAAUAAGAAUUGCUAUCAAUGAGUCAUUUCCAUCAGGAGCCACAGGUCUUAUUGUAUCAACUAUAUAUGCAGUGCUGGAAGUUUUAAGGAGAUUUGUGUGGAACUUUUUUCGGCUUGAAAACGAACAUCUGAAUAACUGUGGUGAAUUUCGAGCUGUUCGUGACAUUUCUGUGGCACCGUUACGCUCUGAUAACCUCGCAACACUUGAACGAAUGAUGGAUGAAAUGAACGGCGCUGACUCUGUUUUGCUCAAACGUAAUAAACUUGGUAAUGACAAGGGAUCACAAAGCUCUUUGGUGGGAAAGAAGUUAAGCAAUGUAGCAAGGAGAAACUCAUCUAGCGUGAUUAUCUUUGCUGGUGAGGUUGGUUGCUCUGAUGAAGGGACAAGUACAAGUGCAGUGUAAAUGAUAUGACAGCAAUUUGAAGUUCAAAGUGGCAGUGUCAUGUUGUGGGGGGGGAAACUUCAUUAUUAAUAGAGAUUAUUGGAUGUUACAAUUCCUGCUGUAUGUCAAGAGGUCACAACGUUGCUUUAUCCGCUGCUGAUGUUAAUUGUUUUCUUUUAAAAAAGAGUGCUUUAGCUCAUUCAACAUAUUCCUCUACAAUCUAAAAAUAGUUGUCAACUUUGGAUUACUUAUAAACGUUUCGCUCAAAUUUUUCCCAAGCCCCAGAUGUGUUUUCCUUUCAAUCAUUUGUGCUAUGCAUGCUUAUGUGCGUUUUUCACUGUGAAACUUAGUCAAUGACUUGUUACUGUGAUGUAGUAGCAUAUAAUAUCUAAAAUUUGUAAUACUAAUUAAAACCUGCCAUUUGUGUGUGGUAGUAGACAUAUGAAAACUAAAUGGUUGUUCAUGUUAAACAACUAUUAUUCAAAUACCCUGCCAGAGUGUUUGUAGUAAAAGUGUUAAGAUGUUAAUGUAUUUAGAGAUCACAUUGAGUUCCAAGUUACCACAGUUGUAAUAUGUUGUUUGCUUUUGAUUAUCUGUUGCUACAACAAAAAUAUUGAAAUAAAAUCAAAGCUCUUGAUUGGAUUUUCCAAUA